GAUGACACUAUUUACUUUCCACCACUUGCCUAGCACAGGCUUCAUGAAGAGAAACGUUGCCUUGUCUGUGUAGCAGCGUUUUAAUUUUCUUUUAGACUUUAUGAAGAUUUGAAGAUUUUGAUCAGCCAUGGAUGGAGAUAUGCUGUCCUUGUCAUCUUUCUCGUCAUUAUCAUCAGCAGCAGGAACACAGAAAGAUACUUUGUCAAAGAGCGACAGCAGCCUCCCUCAAAACCAACAGGAACACAAAUCAUCUGAAGAAUUAUGGACAGAGGAUGUGAGUCCCGUGGGUGACAGGCUGCUGUCCACCGAGGAGCAGGUCACUCUGAUCACUGAGAGUAUGACUGUCACCUCCACUGACCAGGAGAAACUGCUGCUGCUCAACAAGAACACCGAGCUCCGCAGAGUCAACAAAGAGCUGAUGAAGCUGAAUGAGGACUGGGACCAGGUGUACCGCAGUGCCACACUGGGUCUACAGCAAAGAUUGGAGGCUUUGGAGCUGGAGAACACUGCCAUCAAACAGCUCAACAGCAGACUGCUGCUCAAAGUUGAGCACCAACAGCUAUUUCUGGGGUUGCAGAGUGCAAAGGAGUACUAUGAGCAGGCGUUGAUGCAGGAGCUGAAGAAGAACCAAGAGCUGCAAGAAUACGUCAGACUGCUAGAGAACAGGAUGCACCAUCCAGAUAAAGACCGUACAUCUGUACAACAGGGCAGCUUUAGUGCUGUGGUACAUGGUCCUGUAUCAUUCCCCACCGGUAAUCCUCCUGGAGGUCCCAACCUGUUGACCUCCUUCCCAGCUCCUUCCAGCCCAGAGGCAGUGCGGCAGGGAAAAAGCCAGAGCAGUAGUACCCCACUGGGAGACUCCAAGCAAGAAGUGCAGGACCUAAAAGAGCAGCUGGACGCAUUGAGGUGUCAGCAGACCCAGAUUUAUGAAGCAGAAUAUGAGACGGAGCAUAACGACCACAAACACACACAGCAGGAGAACCGGAGGCUAAGGAAGAAAAGGGAGGAGAUGCGCCAACAGGUGGCACUACUGCAAGAGCAGCUCAAAGUUUAUGAGGAUGACUUCCGACGGGAGCGGUCUGACAAACAGAUGCUGCAGCGACUGUUGUUGAAGAAAACGCCUCCAAAUAAGGACCCUGUGCUUAUCCACCGCUGCAAUAAUGUACAGCAGCCACUAGGAGGAGACAAAAGGACACAAAAUGCAGAGAAAAGAAAACAGCACCACCCACUUUGCCCCAAGCACCCAAACAGGGACAAAGAGUCAGACUGAGGGUCUCAGAACAAAAACAAAACAUGAUCAUGCAGACAGUAAACUGAGUUUUAAAUGUUUCAAUGUCCCGGUAAAAUGAGACUCUCAUAAACUGAUUUUUCUAGCAGCAUAGCAUCAUUACAGACACACUCAGUGGAUCUACACCACAAGUAAAAUUGGGCUCAUGCUAUUUUAGUACUCUGUCACACUCACUAACAGCACUUUUAUUUGAUCCGUGUAGAGAAAAAUAGCACUUUAUAGAAAAAGCCCAACAUGCAAAAACUCAUUGCUCUUUUUAGGGUUCUGCUUGUUAACCUUCUUAAUAAUGAAAGUGCACAGUGAAAUUUCAGAUUAUAGUCUACAUUACUUUUCUGUAUAUUACUUUGAAAAAAAAAAAACAAUUGCCAAGUUUGGUACCAUAUAUAUGUAUUUAAUAUAUCUAAUAUAUCUAAUAUUUCUUUUUUUAUAUCUCUUUCUCUAAAGUAUUUUUUAUUCUGAUUAUUGAUUACUAUCAGAGCCAUUAGAACGAAUUAUAAAAAGUCUAAAUAUUAAAAUAAGCAUACCUACAGCUAAUUUCUGAUGAUUGUUUAAUUAUUUCUUUUUUAUGCUGUGAAUUACUUUGAAGUUGUCAAAUUAUUUAUUUUCAAAGUGUCUGGGCUCAUUAAAACGACCACACAAUAAAAGUCCAUGAAAUGUG